GGCCGUCGGGUCGGCGCGUCCCCAGUUCGCCGUCGGAGGGAGGUGUCGGGUGGAGCGUGCCGUCGUGAUGCGCUGAGUGCUGCGGCCCCCGUGGACCGGAUAUGUGGACCGCCGGCACUCUACUGUGGCUCGGGGGUCUGGCGGUGGUUAGCGCGGCCACUGACACAGAGCGGAGGGACGCCAGAGCGGCAGCGGCGGCGGCAGCGGCCGGCGACUGGCACGAACCCAACACGGCCGGGCCCUAUUUCGACCUGAGUCUGACCGACAACGUGACGGUGACGGCCGGACGUACGGCGCUGCUCCGCUGUCGCGUCUUCCAGCUGGCCAAACAGCCGGUAUCAUGGAUACGGAAGAAGGAUCUACACAUUCUCACCUUGGGAACGUUCAGCUACACCACCGACGAGCGAUUCAAGGUGGUACAGGAGCCGGAGAAGAACGACUUCUCGCUGCAGAUCACCGGCGUGCUGACCCGAGACGCCGGGGUGUACGAGUGCCAGGUGAACACGGAGCCCAAGAUGUCCUGGCCGGUCUCUCUGAAUGUACUGGUGCCACACGCGACCAUCACGGGGCCGGCCGACCUCUACAUCCAGCUGGACAGCAACAUCAACCUCAACUGCGCGCUGCACACGCCGGCCGACCCGCCCGUCAACCUCAGCUGGGUCAAGGACGGCGCCCUGCUGGAGCUGGCCGGACCGCGCGCCGGCAUCAGCCUGCAGGCGGACCGCACCUCGCGCGGCAGCACUUCCUACCUGGUGAUCACCCGAGCCCGACACUCCGACUCCGGCAACUACACGUGCCGGCCCAGCGAGGGCCACCCGGCCACCGUGCGCGUCCACAUCAUAGACGACGACGCGCCGGCGGCCAUGCAGACGGCCUCCAGUCCGCCGCGGCUGCUCGGCGGCAGUCUGCUCUCAGCUCUGCUAGUCACCGUGUUCUGCCGGGUCACCCGGUGACCUGACCUCUGAGCGGUCACCCGGUGACCUGACCUGUGAGCGAGCUCUCCGGUCCAGCCGACACGGACAGCGGCGGCCGGCUGAUCUCCGCGCCCGCGCCGCUGAAAGGCUGAUGGACGCUGACGUGCGGCUGACGUGCCGGGGUCUGCUCUUUACGCCGGCUGGCUGACCGACGUCAGUGAGAGGGGGAGGAGCGGAGAGAGAAAGGAGAGUGGUGGUGUUCUGGUGUCCCUGGCCCGCGCCGAGUGCGCCGGCGGGCGGCGCGGGAUGGACCCGGCCGCCGGGAGUGAUGGGGUGCAGUGGUGCGUGCCCGCCGGUGAUACGCCGCCGUCGGACCGGUGCGGCACUCGGCGAAUCACGCGCCCGCGAUGACGGCUGUGAUGACUCGCGGCGGCGGUCAGGACGAGUGCUCCCGCGCCGAGACUCGCCAGGGCCGAGCGACACGGGACGCGGGACCGCGCCGGGCUGCUCCGACUCCGACCUCACAGAGCCGACAGGACCGAACGAGGCCGGUCUCCCCCCAAUCUGACCGGCUGGGUCGUGUCAGAAGCGAACCGCGGGAUGUCGGCAGCGCCGGGCGGCCCGUCAUGCGAGCCGUCACUCCACUCCCAGCUAACCGCGCCACCACUCACCGACUAACCGCGCCCGGCAGCACCCCCGGGAACAAAUGGCGGACGAACAGACUCGACCCCAGUGCUGUGGGUGCGCGGUCGGCGGCUGCCACCGGAGAUAGCGGUACUCGGGAGUCUGUCUGGUGAGAGACGCCGCUCACAUGUCGCCCAGAUGACCCGUCAGCGGUCAGGGUGGAAAGGAUCGCGCUCUCUGGACGGCCGAUCUCGCAGUGAACUAUGGCAGAAGUGCUGGAUUAUGGGCUGGAAUGAAUCGGCGGCGGCCGCACGCACUAUGUGGUGACGUAAACGACGGGAUGUGUGUAAACGAUGUGUGUGGUUCGGCUUGUGCGGUCUUGAUUUUAUGGGUGAAUGCAUCUUGAGUGCGUUAUAAGGGUUAUUUCAUACUGCCAUCUCUAUUUUGUGUUAAUGCUGACAUUUUGAAACUUUGAUCCGUAUUUUUCUGCAUGUUAUUUAAGGUUUUUUUGCAAUACGACGACGAUAUCUUAUUUGUGUUUUGUAGCGAUCCCAAUCGCCCGGUUUAUCUAAUGCACUGCUAUGACCAGUACGAUUGCCCCUCCCGUUGCCGUCAGCCCCCCCCCCUCCCCGCCCGGUCACGUGCCGCGCAGUGUCGUGUUGCCGUCGGAGCCGUACGGCCUCCGGGGCCCGUCGACUGUGUGUAUGUGUGUUGGCCCGGUGCACCGGUCGUCCCCAUUAGUGAGAGGACACGGUCCGACCGUCACGUCGCGCGCGAACCGUCGCCGUCGACGACUCGCGUCGACGCGCUGUGUUUGGGUAUUGUGUGCCGUUUUCGGAUGUGAGUGUCGGUAGCCGGUUGUUCGGACGCUGCCGAAAGCGAGCGGCGAGUGGGGGCUUCGCUUCGCUCGAACCAUUCCCAGUGUUGGUUGUGCGUGUUGUGUAAGAGAUGGUUGUGUGGUGUUGAAUGAAGAUAUGUCUGAUGUUUGUACCUGAUCAGUGGAAACAAAAUCAACUCUAGUCGUUCAAAUAGCUACAAUGCCUGGUUAAUAGAUGUAUUAAAUCACA